GCCGGGGGCGACUGGAUCGCAAGGCAGGCGCGCGCACACCGGCGGUGCAGACAGGUGGGCGACUCCACCCUGCACGCCCGAGCCGGCAGGGCUGGGUCCCCGACGCAGCCGCGCCCAGAGGAGCCGGUCCUCCUCCCGGUCCCCGCCUCCGUAGGAGGGCAGGUAACUUCUCAGCCAAGGUCAUUCUCCAGGCCCGCCCACGCCCUCGGAGCGGCUGGCUCGGAGUGGGCUGGACGGAGACCUCGGGGCUGCCGGGGACUCCUGGCAGCCCGGGGCGGGUGGAUGGUUGAAGCGCCGAGGCGUCACUGCCUGCACCUGCGAGGGCGUUGGCGUUAAUCACAAGCGAGGAUGUGUUUACAGGAUGUGAGUUGAGUUGUUGCCACCUUUGCCUUCUGAGAGCUUCUGAUGGCUCAUGGUGACAGGUGCAAACACUGAAGGGCAAUAUGAAGCCAGUAAAAAAAAAGAAAACCGAAGAACCUGAGUUGGAGCCCCUGUGCUGCUGUGAGUAUAUUGAUCGAAAUGGGGAAAAGAACCACGUGGCUGCUUGUUUGUGUGAUUGUCAAGACCUCGAUGAAGGCUGUGACAGAUGGCUUACCUGUAAAUCAAUGCGGCCAGAGACUUGCGAAAGAAUCACAGAUACGAUUUCUGAUCGCCUCCGAAUUCCUUGGCUUAGAGGAGCCAGAAAAGUUAAUAUUAGCAUCGUCCCUCCACUCGUGCUUUUGCCAGUUUUCCUUCACGUGGCUUCCUGGCAUUUCCUGCUGGGGGUGGUGGUUCUGACCUCCCUUCCCGUGCUGGCGCUCUGGUACUACUACCUCACUCACAGAAGGAAAGAGCAGACACUGUUUUUCCUCAGCCUUGGACUAUUCUCACUGGGUUACAUGUACUAUGUGUUCCUGCGGGAAGUGGUCCCCAAAGGGCGGGUAGGGCCCACCCAGCUGGCUCUCCUUACCUUCGGGUUAUUCCUAAUACUCUUAGCCUUGUACCGAGCCAAGAAGGAUCCAGGCUACCUCAGCAAUCCAGCUUGCAGUGACAAAUGCCCCAGCAACAGCCAAAUCGAAUGCCCGAUCAAAAAAGGGCAAGAGAAGACCAAAGGGUUCCCUGGAACAGAUCCCUCAGGGAGCCUCAACAACCGCACGCUGAAGGAUGAUAUUAAGGGCUCCUCCAGGGUGGCACUUGACAGCCCUGCCAAGGUGAAGGAGGACUGGUGUGCCAAGUGUCAGCUAGUACGGCCCGCCCGGGCAUGGCAUUGCCGGAUAUGUGGCAUCUGUGUAAGGAGAAUGGAUCAUCAUUGUGUCUGGAUAAACAGCUGCGUUGGAGAAUCAAAUCAUCAAGCAUUUAUACUUGCCCUUUUGAUCUUCUUGCUCACUUCGGUGUACGGGAUAUCGCUGACCUUGAACACCAUUUGUAGGGAGAGAAGCCUCUUUACAGCCCUCUUCUACUGUCCUGGAGUUUACGCAAAUUACAGCUCGGCUCUGUCCUUCACCUGUGUGUGGUACUCCGUGAUCAUCACCGCGGGCAUGGCCUACAUCUUCCUCAUCCAGUUGAUAAACAUCAGCUACAAUGUGACGGAGAGGGAAGUCCAGCAGGCCCUUCGGCAGAAGACGGGCCGCCGGCUCCUCUGUGGGCUCAUCGUGGACACAGGCCAGUACAACAGGGGCUUCCUGCGCAAUUGGCACCAGUUCUCCACCCUGGGCGCACACACUGCCCACGCCCCUGCUGAGGACAUUGUCUGAAGUGCCUUCCGUGCAGCCUGAGGGAUACUCCUUUCUCUGUCCUGUCCAUUUCACACUUCGGUAUCCACGAAGGGUUCAUCUUCAUCACCGUCUUCUCAGACGUGUAGGGCCGUGCUCAGGUUUGAAGACAGGACUGAGGAAAAGGUCAUUUCCUCUGACUUCAUGACUUAAGGGAUAUUGAUACUGAAGCUGCAGGCGUAGAGCCGUUCCUUUCCAGUCACCUUCUGACUCAGUCACCAGAAGCUGCCAGGGAUGUGCGUUACUCAGGCACAGGCCAGUAGAAGGAGCUUCUGCCCAUUCAUCUGAGGAGGAGGGUUCAUAGGAUAGUUCCUAGUCCUCUCAGUUCUUAAGAGCCAUACGACCCCUUGGUAGAGCGGCUUUCCCAACUCUCAGGUUCCUCUGAUGGGGGCCUCUGCUGCCUAGCUACCUCCUGGAGCAUCCAUGAGGGCCAUCUGAGGAAGGCCGUGGAAAGUACUGUGAAACAGCCUGUAGAUCAGAACAUUGAAGCCAAUAUUAUUAAGACAAUCGGUGUGUACAGUUAUAGAAGUUCUUAGUGACAGACCUUGUCCUCAGGACCGGGGGUGACAAGAGGCUCGAUGCUGGUCAUCUCAUCUUAUUAUCUACGCUGCGUGCAGUGGGCAGCAGUUUAAGUGGCAAGUGUUUGCUGAUGGAUCAUUUUAGAUUUACUCUAAUGCUAACAAACAUUAAUUUCUUUCCUCCUUCCCAUUUCACCUGGUGAGGUGCUAGCACACUGGUGGGUGAUGGCCGCUGGACGGGAGGAGACUGUCCUGGGAGAACAUGCUAGGAGGCUGAUUAAUAUCAAGGGCUUGAUUUUUUUAUUAUUGUUUGUGUAUAUCUAGUGCUGUAGGUUUAUAGCACACAAUGGGAACAUGCGCCUGGCAUGAGCUCUUGGAGUGACUGACAGCUUCCCACAUCCACAUCGCUGCUUGCUCCCCCUUUCCUACUGAAAGUGUCUAAGAGAGAAGAACCGGUAUGUGAGCUUUCCAACAAUGGACACCUGACUGCUCUUCCUAAUUCCCGAUGCUGCGCUGCUCCUCUGUGUCCCAGAGCUGGAACGUAGGAAAGACUAUGUGUUCCCGCAGAACGCGCUGUCUUUCUGCUCCUUCUUGACGUCUUUGGUUUUCACACAUGUACUGUUCUGGGAUCCCAGAUCAAAGAUAAUUUCUGAGACCUUAAAUUUGCCUUGGCCUUGUUGCUCAGAGAUGGAAACAGUGCUGCAUUUUUCCCUUUUGUGCCUGCUUGUAAGCAUUGAGAGGAAAUACCACCACCUCUGAAUUAGCCCUGUCCUUUGCAGCAGGGGCCACCCUUAAGAGUUGCCACUAGCCAGGGCUCUCCUGAAGACAGGCGCCACAUUUUCAUCCAGGGUUGUCAUUGCUCUCCCCAGAGAUCUAUUGUUAAUGAACACUAGACUCCAUAUUCUACUGGGGUUCACUAAAGAGAGCCUGGGGGUGUUUGCAGUUUCUUCAGCGAUGCCUGUCCCUGGCAUAGAGUCAGACACUCAUUUAGAAUGAAAGUUGGCUUGGAUACAACUAAUUUCUGUGUGGGUUUUAGGUAAGAGAGAUGGUAGUAAUGUCAGACAGUCUAUGUGGGCAGAAAUUGGUAGUUUUCAUGUCUCUUGAAUGCCAGGUAUAUAGCCAACUCUGAAUGUCUGGCUGCUGCCAACAUUUAUAGAAAUCAUAUAGUCAGUAUUUGUAGCCUGCCUCGUUUCCAGCAGCAGUGCAGAUGUGAUGGUGAGUGCUGCAGCAAGACCCGUCACUAGGAGAGUGGGGAUGACCACUGCCUUCCUCAGUUUGCCAUCAAGGGCCAGUUCCCCUCCUGCUGUUGGGAGGACUCAUUUUCGGCUCUUUGGCUCACUGGGAUGAAAUGAAGAUGCUUAGGUUUUCUUUUUAGAUUUUCGUGUGUGUGUGUGUGUGUGUGUGUGUGUGUGUGUGUGUGUGUGUGU